UUAAGAAAAAUUUUAAAAUCCAUAUGUAAAUCUCUCGAAAAGCUUCACCCCUUCCUACUAGGUCCAAAUUUUUUCAUAGUAUCACUAUGUCAUUGUUGUUUAUAAGAAGUACGAUUUGAGGAAAGAGAAGAGAAUACACAUUUCAUUACUUCUGCAUGCUACAUACUUCUUGAAAGGAAAGCUCUUCGAGAGAGAGAGAGAGAGAGAGAUGGCUGAUUGUGUUGCUGAUAGUGUUGUAGCCUUUCUGCUAAAAAAACUAGACAAAUUGCUCGUAGAAGAAGUGCAACUCCUUUCAGGAGUGGAAGAUGAUAUUCAGUGGAUCAAAAUUGUGCUUGAAGGCACAAAAGCGAUCCUAAAGAACGCGGAUAAAAGAAGAGAGAUUGAUGAAGUGGAGGACAUUUGGGUUCGACAAGUGCGAGAUGUGGCGUAUGAUGCUGAGGAUAUCCUUGACAAAUUCAUCUUCCAAAUUGCAAACAUGCGAAGGAGGAGAGGAUUCAUCAAGAAUCUGAUCUCACCUUCAUCUUCAAUUAAAAAACAAUGCAUCAAGCAUACGGUUGCAACUGAGAUAAAGAGAAUUAGAGCUCGUUUUGAUGAUAUUGCAAAGAUAAGGCUCCAGCUCAACCUUCAAAUGGGAGAAGAAGAAGGGAGCUGUUCGAAUGCUAUUGCAGCUAGAGGGGCAUAUACGCGAGGGAUGUCCUCUUUGGUUGAGGAGGCAGACAUUGUUGGAAUUGAAGAGAAAGUGAAGCAAGUAGGAGGAUGGUUGCUAGAUGGUGACCUGCAUCCCAAGGUAAUUUCAAUCUUAGGUAUGGGUGGAUUAGGGAAAACUACUCUUGCUCAAAGAAUUUACAAUUAUGAUCCUAUUAAGGAACACUUUGUUUAUCGUUCAUGGGUUACUGUCUCACAGUUGUUCAACAAAAUAGAGAUUUUGAAUGUCAUUCUUAGAGGAUUCGAUGAAAAACAUGUAGAGGAGAAAGACAUAGGCCAUUUGCAGAGAAAGCUCCAUGCACAUCUACAUGACAAGAGGUAUCUUGUGGUAUUAGAUGAUGUGUGGAGCGAGGAUGUGUGGGGAGAGGUGCACAGUGCAUUUCCUAAUUCAGAUAAUAAUGGAAGUAGAUUUGUCAUUACAACUCGUACAGCAGAAGCCACUUUACCGAUGAACGUAUUGAGCAAAGUCUACAUGUUGGAACAACUAACAACCGAAGAAGCAUGGCUUCUCUUCUGCAAGAAGGCUUUUUGGGGAGAAUCUGGUAACCCAUGUCCUCUGGAAUUGGAGGGAGUAGGGAGGCUCAUUGUGAAGGAAUGCGAGGGUCUCCCCCUUGCAAUUGUGGCCAUUGGGAGUAUGAUGUUCAAAAAACCCAAAACAAUUCACGUUUGGGACAAGGUUCACCGCAGUCUUGCAUUCGAACUGGACAAGCAUAAAGGUGUGAGGGGUAUUUUGACGUUAAGUUACAAGGACUUAUCGUCAUUUUUAAAGUAUUGUUUCUUGUAUUGCUGUUUGUUCCCCGAAGACUAUGAAAUUCCCCGUUCAAAAUUGAUUAGGUUAUGGGUCGCCGAGGGAUUUAUAGAAGGAAGGAGAGGAAUAACAGAGAUAGAAGCAGCGGCUGAUUCCUUCAAAGAGCUGUUGGAUCGUAGCUUGAUUCAUGUGGCAAAACCCGGUCGAACGGUUCACGUCAAAACAAUCCGGUUACAUGACGUGGUAUGGAAGCUUGGUCUUUCAUUGUUAGAAAAAGAGAUGUUUGGAACAAUUUGUGAUGGAAAAAAUAACAUAUUUCCGAAUAGAAUUCGGCACAUGUCUAUUCAAAGCGAUGAUGGUUCAAAUGUGCCUACUGUGAACGAAAUGUCCUGCCUUCGAACAUUUUUAAUGUUUGGUUCGCAAAUGUCGUCGCCCUCAUAUUUGCGUGAUUUGCUUUCUAGUGCCAAAUAUUUGAGGGUUUUGGACCUACAAGGGGUUCAUGUAGAGUGCCUACCAAAGGAAAUAGGUGACCUAAUUCACUUGAGGUACCUUGGAUUAAGAAAUGCAGGAGUUAAGAAAGUCCCAAAGUCUCUAGGGAAGUUGAAAAAUUUGGAAACCUUAGACUUGAAGGGAUUCGUGGGAGAACUCCCAAGAGAAAUCUCAAAAAUAAAAAGUCUGAUGUACUUGAGCGGUGGUCUCAUGGUUGCGAACAGAAGUUUGAGGGUUCCGAGUGGAAUAAAAGAUUUAGCUAAUCUCCAAACCUUAAAAUACAUAGGAGGAAAUUCUGAGUUUGUUAGAGAAUUAUUGUGCCUCAAACAAAUGCGCAAAUUAUAUAUUGAGUUACAGAGAAGUGAAGAUGGGGGUGUAUUGUGGGAAUCCAUUCAAAAGAUGGAUUCACUCCAUUGCCUGCGAAUAAGUUGCAUGGACUUGGAUGAAGCACUUCCUGUACACAUUGUAGCCCAAUCUCCUCCGACCACUCUUGAAAGGCUAGGCCUCAGUUGUGGUCUGCCCAGCGGGAAGCUGCCCAAUUGGGUUGAAUCUCUCCCAUGCCUCUCUCGAUUAGUCUUGGAGCAUUCCAAACUCACAGAGGACCCAUUCCUCGUCCUUCAAAGACUGCCCAAUCUCAUGGACCUCACUCUGCAUCGAGCAUCAUACUUGGGCAAUCGUACAGCCAUAUGUGGCGCUGGUGGCUUCCCUAAACUUCACCGCCUCGUUCUCAUUGGUUUAGAAGAAUGGGAAGAAUGGGGAGAAGUGGAGGAGGGAGCCAUGCCAUGCCUCCAAAGAGUAUAUAUUUGGAAUUGCAGGAAACUUAGGGCGUUGCCUCAAGGCUUCCAAUACCUCACAGCCCUCCAACUAUUGAACCUUGAGGAGGUGGGAGAUGAAUUCUUGAGCCGAUUAGAAAGAGAUUCGGGUGAGGACCGUCUCAAAGUGCAACACAUCCCCAGAAUUCGACUUUGGCAUGUAAGAGACGGGGAAGAUGUUUUUGAAGAUUUGUGAAGACUGGGAGCGGGUUCAUGGAGAUGUGUAGAAAGCGUUUGGUCCCUCCUCAAACUCAAUGUACUCACAACUCAGGCCGAGUACUUGGCUCAAGCACUACCCAAGAACUGUGCCCGAGUUGCAGUUUCGAACCCAUUGGAGGCCCAUAAAUUGCUUCAACCUGCAGGCGAGACUUUCAUGACGAUGACUAUAGAAUUUGCAGACAUCAGGUGCCAUCUAGGAUGAAAUUGGGUGUGCUUUUUGGUCAACACUCUCCCUUCUAUUUUGUAUAAAAGGAGAACUGUUUGUUUAUUAUGGUUCUUUUAUAAGUUUGUGUGGACAUUUUCAUUAAUGUGCAAUCUUGUGUUGAUAUAGCUUCCAUAUCCGUUGUUCCUAGAACAACUGGGGGACAAGUAUUCAAGGCUCUUGCUCCUUUCUCAUUUUUUCUUGAUUUACUGAAAGAAGAUAUGUAUCUCUUGUAUGCCUGCUGGUUACUGAUAUAGUAUUGGUUAAUCGGU